CUUCCAUUUCCAUCUCCUUCUUCUUCAACCCUACUUACAUACAUUCAGAAGUAGUACAAGUAGAUGGAAUCAUCGUGUGUCCCACCUGGGUUUCGGUUCCACCCAACGGAUGAAGAGCUUGUUGGUUAUUAUCUGAGGAAGAAAGUGGCAUCUCAGAAGAUAGACCUUGACGUUAUCAGAGAGAUCGAUCUCUAUCGUAUUGAACCCUGGGAUCUCCAAGAGAGAUGUAGGAUCGGGUAUGAAGAGCAGAACGAGUGGUACUUCUUCAGCCACAAAGACAAGAAGUAUCCGACGGGGACUCGAACGAACAGGGCCACCAUGGCGGGGUUCUGGAAGGCCACGGGAAGAGACAAGGCGGUGUACGACAAGGCGAAGCUGAUCGGGAUGAGGAAGACUCUGGUCUUCUACAAAGGGAGAGCCCCUAACGGCCAGAAAACAGACUGGAUCAUGCACGAGUACAGACUUGAAUCCGAUGAAAACGGACCCCCUCAGGAGGAAGGGUGGGUUGUUUGUAGAGCAUUCAAGAAAAGGACGACAAACGGGCAAACGAAGACUAUGGAAGGAUGGGAUUCAAGCUACUUGUACGAGGAAACAAGCGGCGGCGGUGGCGGCACGGUUGUUGAGUCAAUUGAGCAGCUGCUCUCAAGGCAGAGUCAUCAUCAUCAUCAUCAUCAAAGCAGCUUCAUGUGCAAGCAAGAAAUAGAGAACAUGCAUGCAAAUAUAGCAGCAGAGCAAUUUGUACAGCUUCCACAGCUUGAGAGCCCAAGUUUGCCGCUAGUUAAGAGGCCAACAACAACAACAAGCACAAUGGCACUAGUCUCAGAAAGCAACGAAGAGCAUAACAUGUUAUCUUCCAAUAGCACGAAAAAAGUAGUGACUGAUUGGAGGGAUCUUGAUAAGUUUGUGGCAUCUCAACUGAGUCAUGGAGGAGACAAUAGUAGGCACGAAACUGAAACCGAUGAUGCAGCAGUGCUGCCAAGCUUUAUGGAUAAUAACAACCAUGACAACAAUGGUAGCAUCUCGGACAUGUCAUUGCUGCAGCUUCUGCAGAGUAGUAGUAGUAGUAAUAGUAGGGUCAACAAUGAAGGGAACAGGUUGAUGAUGAGCAUGAGCCCCUUUCUAAACACAAGCUCUGACUGUGAUAUUGGGAUAUGCGUCUUCGAAAAUUAAAUUAUUAAUCAUGUCUUGCUUUGCGUGCAUGGAGAACAAUAUAUAUAUAGCUAGCUCUUAGUUUCUUACAAUUUCAAUUCCAUCACUGCUGAUGGAUGCUUACACAUACUACAUGCUACUCCUAUAUUUUUGCAUAAAUAUCUCAAUGUGUGGAAGCUAAGAAUGAAGAACAAUGCGUGUGCGUGUAUGUGUUUGUGUGCAAAUAGAGAUGCAUGCGUCAACCUGGCUCUACAAUCUAGAUAAUGGGCCUUUAAUUUUAAUUUCCCUUUUUAAUAUAUAUAUUACUUAUUAUUAUUAUUAUGAUAAGAGAUCAGACAGAGAGAGAUGUAUGUGUGG